AUGAGUCCCGGCGCCGUUGCUCAACCCACCCCAGCCGCAGCCAGCGAGGAUGUCAAGACCAAACAAGAGCAUGAAAAGCAGCAUAUCCACAGUGACGAACGAGGCCUUAAGGCUCUUUCUCAUGGAGGCAUUCCUAUCCCCGGUACUCUCCAACUCACUCCAUCCUCCCCUUAUCCCUCUCCACCCAGCUCUCUACAGCCUAUAUAUCUACAUCUACAACACUAA